AUGAACGUGGCAGUGGAAGGCCUGAGCAUCACUGUCGGAGGUGGCAGGAAGCUGCUGGAUGAAGUGAACUGCGUGGUUCAGGCAGGAGAUAUGGUGGCUUUGAUGGGUCCUUCGGGGGCCGGCAAAACCACGCUGCUCAACAGUAUCGUGGGGAGAACCAUCACAGGGCUCACUGAAGGGGGUAUCUACUACGAUGGUGCCGCGUUAUCCAAAGUCAGGAGCAGCGUGGGAUACGUCACCCAGGACGAUAUCAUGUACGAGACCCUGACUCCACGGGAGAACUUGACCUUUGCGGCCGCCUUCAUCUUGCCAAAGCUUUCCAAAGAAAGCCGCCAGAAGGAGGUGGAUAGCGUGAUCGAGAAGCUCAACCUGAAGAAGUGUGCAGACACCGUCGUGGGUUCUCCCGGCCUCGUGCGGGGAAUCUCCGGAGGGGAAAGGAAGCGCACGAACGUGGCCCUGUCCCUGUUGGGAAGCCCUUCUCUGCUGCUGCUGGAUGAGCCUACCAGUGGCUUGGACUCCAAGAUGUCCGACUCCCUCAUGAGAGACGUGAAGCAGAUCACGGAGCAGGGCUGCACGGUCGUCGCCACAAUCCACCAGCCUUCGGAAGCCGUCUUCACACGCUUCGACAAGGUCUUGCUCUUAGAGACAGGGCGUGUGGCGUACUAUGGGGUGAUCUCUGGCUUGCGGGGAUCUCUUGGUGGCUUGGGCUUCACAUGUCCUGAAGGCACCCCGCUUCCUGAGAUCCUUCUGGAUUUGCUUGAAGUGCCGGCGGAGGAGGCUGCGCGCGCGGCAUACACGGAGAAGUUGGGAAAGCUGAAACAACUCUCGGAGACCUCCUUCAUGGAUCGUGGGUCACCCGCGAAGUCAGAAGCGCCUCCCAAGAGGGCUGGAAUCUGUGGGCAGGUGGCCGUACUCUUCAAGCGGGAGCUGGUCAAUGUGAAGCGGAACAAAGCCCUGACAGUCGUUCGUGCUGUCCAAUCGGUCGCUUCCGCACUUUUAAUCGGCUUGAUCUUCCUGCAGCUGGAGCGCAACAUGUCAAGCCUCUCUCCGCGCUUGUUCUCCAGCUUCCUGCUCGUCUUUGCCCAAUUUCUGUUUGCUCUGCUGGGGGUCGUCAACGCCUUCCCCGCCGAGCGUGCUGUGUUCUUGCGCGAGACGCAGGACAAGCUCUACCACCCAGCGGCGUUCUACUUGGCCAAGGUUUCCAUCGACACUCUGAUGCAAUGCCUCUUCCCCAUCCUCGUGGUGGCCAUCAGCUACCCACUAAUUGGCUUCAACGGGGAAUCAGCUGAUCGCGUUCUUUGGUUCUAUGCCAUCAUGGCUGUGGUUUCCAAUUGUGGAGCCGGGGUGGGGUUCAUGGUCUCGGCCGCCGUGCCCAGUGUGAACCUGGCCCUCUCCAUUGCACCCGGCUUGAUAAUGCCACAGCUCUUGCUGUCGGGCAUCUUCAUCAAGGUGGAGGAUUUGCCACAGCCCUUCAAUGCCCUGAGCUAUCUCAUGGUCGCCCGGUAUGCCGUCCAAGCUACCGUCGUCAAUGAGUUCACCUGUGAGACCAAAGCUUCGUGCGAUCCUGCGGUGUGGCGCCAAAGCCCGGCAGACCAGUGCGGCAACUCUCCCUGUGAUUUCUGCUGCACCUCGCACGAGAUGAUGGCAGCUGGCGGCAUUUGCCCCGUCUUGUCCUGCGGAGAUGCCCUGGUGAGUCUUGGGAUGGAUGAGAUUUGGCCGAGAAGCGACACAUCAAACGAGGAGACCAUCUUCUUCAACAUGAUCGCUUUGCUGGUUUUGAUGUGCUUCUUCCGGCUGCAGGGCCUGAACAUCUUGAUGUGCAGCUACCGCCGUGCAACCACUGGCCGCUGCCUGCCAUGCCGCACCACUGCAAACGCGGCAUGCACAGUGACUGGAUCAACUCAUUGCAUAACCCCCAUGCCUACGCCAUGUGCAGCAGAUGACGAUUCGACUUUUCUCACCUUGCAGGCCCAGGAACGUGGCCAGCAUCAAGGUGGUGCAGGACAUGGACAUGCCCAUCAGCAGCAGUCGUCCCGAAGUGGAGGCAUCAGUGGUCGGAUGUGCUGGAUUUGGUUAUUCCUGGCGAUCGUGGUUCUGCUACAGGUUUGGGAACGUGCAGCUGGAUUGGCGUCGUCGUCCUUGUCAGAGUCCUCAAUGCAGUUCUGGAAAGACUUCAUGAAAAGCGCCUCAGAUCCAACUGCCACGCCGCCGUCGGCAUCGCAAGCAGCAGAAGAUCCGAUGCAAGCCUUGCGAGAAGCGUCGCCGCCUACGUUGCAACCUGUGGUACAAAGCUUGCCGCAGCCGGCUGCACAACAGUCAGCGUCGCAAACAAAAAAGCCGCAUUACGAUCUGAUGAUAAUCAUUCCUGCAAGUGGCAGCCGUGACCGCAAUCGCAUGGAAGCAGUCAGACAAACAUGGGUCCGGGAAAUCGACAACACAACUGGUUUGUGCAGCAGGUGCAAGAGCAAGCGCACGAUCAAGUACUUUUUUAUCUUGGGUGACGAGGCGACUGAGGAGGAGAAGGAGAAUCGCCAUUUGCGAGAUGAUGAGAUGCUGGACAUGAACGGAAGUGCGGCUAAUAGCACUGGGAACCGUACCAAGGACAAGUCCGACAUCAUCGCCCUGUCGAGGUGCAGCAGUGAUUACAUACGUCUUGCAGAGAAAGUGCGGAAAGCGAUCCGCUUUGUCACGACACACUUCAGCUUUCGUCUGCUGUUGAAGACUGACACAGACUCUUGGAUCUUUCUCGAUACGCUCUUGGCAUACGCAGAAGCAAACGAGCUCUUCAGCAGGCGCUCGGUUCAUGCUGGCGACGUUCGCAGAGGUGCCAAGCCGCAAAAGCCCAAGUCUGGUGGCAAGAACAUCGAUGAGGUGUUCAACACCAAGACGGGUCAGGACACCUACCCUGUUUUUGCUGCAGGGUGCGGCUACCUGCUCACGAGAAACCUUUGUAACUUCAUCGCCCUUCUUGCAAUGGAGGAUCCCAACUUACCCAGCCUGACAGAGCUGCCGCAGGAGGACGUGGCAGUUGGAUUCUGGCUACAGGCUCUUCAACACGAGAAGCUGAAGGCGCCGAUCUCACCCAUAGCUGAAGGCUGCC